AUGCAGCCCUUCAUCGUGCUUUUCACCUGGCUGAUGGGAACGGCCUACGCGGCUCCGGCUUUCUUCGACAACAUUUACGACUACUCCGACGAACUGGCAGAGUUCUACAGCAAAGUGAGCAAGUAUAUCGAUGAUUCAAAGGAUGUCUUGACUGCAACAACAACGUGCGAUCCUUCCAAGAUAAGUCUACCGGCCUUUGCAUCCGGAUUGCCCUCGCCCGGCAAUCAGAAGCCACUAUAUGUCGCUGUUGGCCGCGGAACACAGGUUAGCAACAACUGCACAUCCAGAUCACACAUUCGUCGCAUGGCUAAUGUAGCUGAUCCCACGCAGAAUUACAGUUGCGCAACCUCAACCACACACUCGAAACCGGUGGCCAUAGGUGCCGUCGCAAGUCUUUACAACGCAACAUGCAUUGCAGCAGGCUAUUCCGACAUGAUAGACAUGCUCCCUAACAUUGUCUAUAAGCUGCAGCUACCCACCAACUCAUGGGCGACUCUACCUUAUGCCAACCUCAAUCUUCUUGGUCAUCAUUUCUUCGAGGGUUCGGUCCCCGUUUUCAAUCUCGACACAACUCCGCAACAGCAGUACGGUAUAGUUUAUACAAAGAAGAAAGCCGACCUGGCUGCACCGCCUUCUGCAGUCCAAGGUGCCAAUGGUGCGGUUGCAUGGCUCUACCUGACGAGUACAGAGGGCACAGUUGGAGACUACGAGAGUGUCUAUCGAGUAGACACUGCCGGGGGAUCACCGCCGAAGACCUGCGAGAACCAGCCCUCAGUCAUCACUGUGCAAUAUGCAGCAAAUUACUAUUUCUUUGGAAAAUGA